UUUCCGCUCUCUCUUUCUUCUCUCCCUCACUUCCUCUCUCUUCACUCUCUUCACCCCCCCUGCCACCCUCCCCUCGUUUUCUGUUCUCUUUGACAUUGCCUCGUGUUUCCUCCCCGAGGCCUCUUCCGGUUCCUCUAGCCAACAGCCAUCCUCUCCGAUCCCCUCACGCGACGAAAUAGUCGAAAUACCCCUCCCCACCAACCGUACCGCACCACAUCUCCACCAUGACCGAGUCCCGCGACGCCGCCAUCCGAGAAGCCAAGCGCUAUGUCCGCGAAGUCGUCCGCAACGACUGGGCCUUCGAGCAGUCCCCCGACGCAGGCACGCCGUCCGUCGCAUCGCCCGAGACGCCCGACCAAGAGGUGCUGGAAUGGCGACUGCGCGAAUACGACAGUUCCGGCUCCGAGCUGGAACCGCAGGCAUCGCCCGCCAUUGGCGCGACCAGCCAGCCACACCCGGGCUACGAUGCAUCAGAUCUGUCCAGUCCGCUCGCAACCCCGCUGGGCGACGACUCCGAGCGACGGCGCAAGCGUCGCCGGCAGAUGGAGGACGAGAUGCGCUGGAACGGGGGCCUGCGCACCUGGGUCGAGCGUCGCGAUGCCUGGACCGGCGCCCUCACGAAAGACGAGAUCCGCGCCAGGAAAUUGGCCAAACAGGCUCAGGCCUCAUCCUCGGACAACCACGAUCAGGGUCUCCAACGCCAGAGCGCUUCCAUCCCGGCUGCCAGUCCCCCCCUCUCCGCCUCCUCGUUCAAUUCGCAAACCGAUCUCGCCCUCCGCACAGAAGCCUCGCUCAGCAUCGCCGAUGACCAGCAGCAGCAACAACAACAGCAACAACAACAACUACAACACCCCGCCUCUCACGGCGAGGAACCCUCCACCGCGGCCGAACAACCACCCCCCGCACCUCCAGCCCAUCAUGCCUCUUCCCCCUCAACCGACACCAUGAUCACCGAACCCGAACCCACCACCACCACCACCACCCCCCGCACCAAUACACCGAAGAGCCCCUCAUCCCCCAAAGUGGUCGUGCAGGGCCUGACGCCCACCGUACCCAUCAACCUCGCCGACGUCACCAAGGCGAUGGUCCAAGGCUGGAAAGCCGACGGCCAAUGGCCCCCCAAACCCGCCAACACCAACCUCGUACUCCAGGACGAUGCCACCGUGCCGAGGAAGCCCGAGGACCAAUUCCAGGCUGCUACGGCUGCGGGGGCGGGGGACGCGAAACCGCCGUCGUCGCCGGAGUCGAAACGCAGGUCCGGCGUGGCGAGUGCCGUGCGCAAGGUGUUUCAUUUCUCGGGGUUUCAUCCGCAUCAUCCGUUUCAUCGGCGCGGGUCGAGUAGUCAGCAGAAUGAGGGGGCUGGGGCGGGGGGGGAGGGGGGCGUGGGGAUUUAG